GGAGAGGCGGCGCCCGGUCUCCAGCCUUAUAUACGCACACGUUCUCCACGUACAGGCAGACGUUCGGCAUUUUCCGCCAAGAACCGCACGGCAGACCUCAAAACGCGUUUGAAAACGACACAAACACUUUCGCCAUGGCUAGUUACAUUCAUGUUCCCGAUGAGGCGCCCGCUGUGCCUAAAAUAGACGUGACGGUCGACGACGGCGACUGCAGACCCGGCGCCCUCAAGCUACUGAAGGAGCUGAGACCCAGCUGGAAACCGUCAGAGGUCAAAAUAAAGAUUUUCACUGAUGGGAUUACCAAUAAACUCCUCGGCUGCUACGUGGGCUCCGUCCUGCAGGACGUGGUUCUGGUCCGAAUAUAUGGCAACAAAACGGAGCUGCUGGUGGACCGAGAGAACGAGGUGAAGAGUUUCCGCGUCCUGCACGCUCACCGCUGCGCGCCGCAGCUGUACUGUACCUUCAACAACGGCCUCUGCUACGAGUUCCUGCAAGGAGCCGCCCUGGAGCCCCAACACAUUCGCCACCAGCCACUUUUUAGGUUAAUCGCCAGACAACUGGCUAAAUACCAUGCAAUCCAUGCCCAUAACGGCUGGGUGCCCCAGUCUGACAUGUGGGUAAAGAUGGGGAAGUACUUGGCUCUGAUCUCCAAGUACCGCCGGGAGCUCGACCAGAACCACAGGCUGAGCUCGGACGUUCCCAGCCUGCAGUGCCUCAGGAAAGAGCUGGUGUGGCUCCAGCAGUCAUUAACUGUGCUGGGCUCCCCUGUAGUUCUGUGCCACAAUGACCUUCUCUGCAAAAACAUCGUCUAUAACCAGAGGGAAGGAAGCGUCAAGUUUAUUGACUACGAGUACGCCGGCUACAAUUACCAGGCCUUCGACAUUGGAAAUCAUUUCAAUGAGUUUGCUGGUCUGAACGAGGUGGACUAUAGUUACUACCCAGACCGCCCCGUCCAGCUGCUCUGGCUCCGCUCCUACCUGGAGGCCUAUAAGCAGCUCAAGGGCCAGGGCAGCGACGUGACGGACGCAGAGGUGGAGACCCUCUACGUCCAAGUCAACAAGUUUGCCCUGGCCUCUCAUUUCUUCUGGGGUCUGUGGGCUCUGAUCCAGGCCGAGUUCUCCACCAUCAACUUUGACUUCCUGGGAUAUGCAGUCCUGCGCUUCAACCAGUACUUCAAGAUGAAACCAGAGGCGGCCGCGCUGAGCUUACCCAAAUAAAAGCCCAGCCUUCCCAGCUGCCCCUCCACGACCGCCGCAGAGCUCGCCGCUCAGGUUUCUGACCGGAAGGCCGCUCCGUUUUCUGGACGUCUUUCUUAAUCUGUAGUCUCACUUUGAGUAACCGCUGAGGAUGAAGGCUGAGCUGUAAAAACGGGAUUCCACGUCUGUAAAUGUGACCAGCAGCGCUUUAUUUUGAAAGAGGACCCAAACAUGAGAGGAAUCUAACACUAGUUCACUAUAAAAGGCCAGAAACCUCUGUCUGUUUUCACCUAUUUUUCCCACAAUGCCCUGCAGUCGUUGAUCCUCCUUCAGAGCAGAAACCACCGUUUUUUUUAUUUAUAGCAUUUUAAAAACGUAGUUUUGGACAAAAAUAUGGAAACAAAUGUGAGUUUCAUAUUGGAACUGGAAAGUCAUGUGACUUUUCCCAUUGUUUUGUGUGUAAAGUGAAGUUUGUCCGGACAGGAACAUUCCAUGUGGGAUCAGGGCGGGGCCGCUCCAGGUGGGACCAAACUAACGAAUCCUCUUCAAAGUCUGAGAAGUUUCUGACUUUAUUUUUUUUUAUUCUUCUAUUUAUAACAAAACGAUUCUGUUGGUCAGGACACACAGAACGGUGUGGACCAUCUGGAAAACCUCACACGGAUCUUUGCAGCCGUUUCCGGGACUCUGGGUCGUCCCAGAACCGGACGUUGACGUGCUGCGUUCACUGCACCUCAGAAAUCUGCACCACUGAGCUCCAACACUGGUUAACAAAUAAGGCACUCCUUUCUGGGGUGGGGGCGGAGCUUAGCGGCGCACUGUCAAACCCCCCCCCAAAAGAACUUGCUGCUAUGAACCGAGCUGUGAAGACGCGUCUGAUUAUGGGAGGUUUCAUACCGCAUCCCUUUGAUGUUCUGACCAAAGCGCGGCACAGACGGCGUGACCUCAGGACGCCGCGGUCGGCUAACGGUUGAUUUACUCCAUUUAAAACUAGAAGGAAAAAAAACGUUUUUAGGGAAUAUUUUGGUGAAAGAUUUUUACGAUUUAAAUUCCUAAACAAACAUUUUUGGCGUUGGCAUUGGGAGCCGCUCUUCAUUUGUUUAGAGUCACCCUGAGACUAAAUCGAUGACACGCCCUCAUGUUCCUGAAGGACCCACGGAGCUGUCGGCACACGGAUGUCACUGCCGGUGGUCCAAAGCCUCAGGGGCCGCGUGGGCGGCUCUGAAGGGCCGGUGGGACGCUCCGCCAUGUUUACCCAAACGGAGCCUCAGGAGUUUAUUCAACGCUGAGAUCUCUGGUUUAGGGACAUCCAUCAGUCUGCUCUGAAGUUUGUAACAUACGUGUAUAAUAUGUACAGCAGUGACAUGUUCUGAAGUAUGAUGUCAUGUACAUAGUUGGGUUUUUUUCUCUUUUAAAAAAACUGUUUUAACGUUAAAGAAAAUAUGAAUUAAUGUGUGAAGAAGGAAAACUUAACAUUUUAUUGUUACAACAGCAAAUGUCUAUUUUCCAACUCUAAGUUAGUUUUUUGUGAUUCGCCACAUAACAGUAAAUAAAAUACCUGAAUCAUACAUUUAUUUGAAGGCUUUGGUUUUUCUAAAGUAUCUCUUAAAAACAUUUUAGUUUUUUUUGUAUGUUUUUCAUCUAAAAGAUGCUCAAAUAAAAUGUCUGAUUUUAUUCU